AUGGCCACUGCACAAUGGGGAGUGUGGCAUCGUAGCUCCAAAAACUCUUCCCCAAGGCUUCUACAUAUCAUGCUUGUACCUUUGGCAGCUCCUUUGGGACUGCCUAUGGGCAGGAUCAAUGCUAGAAAAAUGCAACCGCUACAAGCCAUCCUUGACACAGGAAGUUCAAGCAGCCACACCUUUAAUCCCAUCGUGGAAGCUCAAGAAAAAACUCCAGCACUGAGUUUGAGAUCCUUUGGUCCUGAGGGCCUGGAAGAACAACGAUCUGAGAUGUAUAAUAGGGAUAUCAAGCUCAUGAGAGAUCUCAAUGUCGGAGAUAGGGUUGCAGUGGGCAAGAAUGUUUACUCUGUUGUCUAUGCAUUCGGCCAUAAGGAUGCUCAUACAACUUUUGAGUUCGUGCAAGUCCACAGAGCUUUACAAAAUAUGUUAGAGCUUACUGCAGGGCACUUUGUUCCUAUUGAAAUCAGUGGAAAACUUGUGUACAAGAGAGCUGAGAAUCUCAAGGUUGGAGAUAUUCUUUGGAAAUCAUCUCAAAUCACUGGAACCUCAAAGGUUGAGAAGCUGGGUCUCUACAAUCCACUCACUCUCUCCGGCAACAUCAUGGUGAACAAUGUUCUCGCAUCCAGUUCGUGCCAUGUGCAGCAUUCUCCACAAAGAGAUAUAAUGUGCUGCGAUUGAUUCCUACGUCAACGUUGCUGUGAGCCUUAGUGCCGUAUCUACAAUAUAAAAUGCCGCUCCCAGAAACUUUCAAGUUCUCACUGGAUGAGGCAUCUAGUCAUCCUUUGGAAAAGCGUCUUGCUUAGAA